CUAUAGUGAGAUGAAGCUGGGUGAAGAGAUGUAAACAAAACAGGAUCAGUAAACGAAAUGGCAGAUAUGACAGUAUCAGUUAACACGGAGAAGAAGAACGCCAAUGAUACGAGGGCUUCAACAUACUUCGAUGAACGGGUUGCUGUUCCACAACCAGAUGGUACUCGCUUCAGUUUCCGAAAGUUGUGGGCCUUUACGGGGCCCGGGUUUCUGAUGAGUAUUGCCUAUUUGGACCCAGGGAACGUGGAGUCAGACUUGCGAGCUGGGGCUAGUGCACAAUUCAAGUUAUUAUGGGUUCUAAUGGUUUCGACUGUUUUGGGACUCCUGAUGCAGCGACUGGCUGCAAGAUUGGGCGUAGUCACAGGGUUGCAUUUGGCUGAGAUUUGCUACAAACGUUAUCCCAAAGUCCCUCGUGUGACACUGUGGGUAAUGGUGGAGAUAGCUAUCAUAGGAUCUGACAUACAGGAAGUGAUUGGAACAGCGAUAGCCAUCAGUAUUUUGUCAAAUGGAAGAAUACCUCUGUAUGGAGGAGUACUUAUCACCAUCGUCGACACAUUCACCUUCCUUCUGCUGGACCGUUACGGGUUGAGAAAACUCGAAGCUUUCUUCUGUUUCCUAAUUACCAUUAUGUCUAUCAGCUUUGGAUACGAGUAUGUCGUAGUGCAUCCUGACCAGCCAAGCGUCCUGAAGGGGAUGUUCUUCCCUUACUGUGAGAACUGUGGAUCUGAUGAACUUCUACAGGGUAUUGGUAUAGUCGGAGCCAUUAUCAUGCCACAUAAUAUAUACCUACACUCCGCCCUGGUGAAGUCGAGGGACGUGAACCGUAAAGAGAAGGAGGCUGUACGGGAGGCCAACAUGUAUUUCUUUAUCGAAGCAGCCAUUGCAUUGUUCAUUUCUUUCCUCAUCAACGUUUUCGUCACCGCUGUAUUUGCCGAAGGAUUCUAUGGCAGAUCAUCCGAAGAUAUCUAUCACGUCUGCACGAACGCUAGCAGCUCGUACUCAUAUUUAUUUAAUAACUCUCACGUGGUCGCUGACGUGGACAUAUAUAGAGGGGGUAUAUACCUUGGUUGCAAAUAUGGCAUAGCUGCAAUGUAUAUUUGGGCAGUUGGAAUUUUGGCAGCUGGCCAGAGUUCUACAAUGACUGGCACAUAUUCGGGACAGUUCGCAAUGGAGGGCUUCUUAAAUCUAAAAUGGAAGAGAUGGCAAAGAGUGCUCUUCACGAGGUCCAUCGCCAUCUUACCAACAGUGUUCAUCGCCAUAUACAAAGGCAUACAGGACCUGACUGACAUGAACGAUCUACUCAAUGUGCUAAUGAGUCUGCAGUUACCAUUCGCUCUCAUUCCAAUUCUAACGUUCACCAACUCACAGAAACUCAUGGGGGAUUUUAAAAAUGGAAUAGUAACACAGAUUCUCACUAGUGUUUUAUCAGUGGCUGUGAUAGUCAUAAACUUAUAUUUCGUGGCUGUGUAUAUACCAGACUUACCCCAACACUGGGCUAUGUACCUCCUCGUAGCGAUCAUCCUCACCUUCUAUGUACUGUUUACAACUUAUUUGACAUGGCAUUGUCUGAUAGGGAUGGGAUGGCGGUGGCUCUUAAAAAUACCGUGUCCAGAGUUUCUACGAUAUUCCGACGAUUUCGCCGUUGAGAUUCUUGAAGAAGAGGAUUCGGAAAUACGAAUACAAUAAGUGUGAAACAUAUUUAGUUGUUUACAAGUAUUAUAUUGACUUAUAUUUGACUGGUACUGACAUUAUGUUGUUUGAAGUCA